GCUGCGAGCGCCGCCGGGUGCUGAGCGACCGGAGGAGCCCUGUGCGCCCGCAGGUUCCGCGCUGGGGGAGCGCACGGAGGGACUCGCGGCGGGGCCGAGCAGAGCGGGAGCGGGAGCCGGAGCCGGAGCCCGAGCGGGCGCGCGGCGCUGCGCGGGAGGAACUCCCCUUGGCGGCGGAGCGGAGCCCGGCGCGCCAUGGCACUCGGAGCGGGGCGCCCUUCUCCGCCGAGAGCCCUACCGGCGGCCCGGGAUGCCAAGAUGUCCGGACUGCAAGCCUGCACUGUGCUGAGAGGGAGAUGACUUGAGUGGCCAGCUUUUUUUUUUUUUUUAUCUCCACAACAAUGUCUAUGAACAAUUCCAAACAGCCAGUGUCUCCUGCAGCUGGGCUCCUUUCAAAUACAACUUGCCAGACGGAAAACCGGUUUUCGGUAUUUUUUUCAAUCAUCUUCAUGACAGUGGGGAUCUUAUCAAACAGCCUUGCCAUUGCUAUUCUCAUGAAGGCCUAUCAGAGAUUUAGACAGAAGUCCAAGGCAUCGUUUCUGCUUUUGGCCAGUGCCCUGGUCAUCACAGACUUCUUUGGCCACCUCAUCAAUGGAGCUAUAGCAGUCUUUGUAUACGCUUCUGAUAAAGACUGGAUCCGCUUUGACCAGUCAAACAUCCUUUGCAGUAUUUUUGGUAUCUGCAUGGUAUUCUCUGGUCUGUGCCCACUUUUUCUAGGCAGUGUGAUGGCCAUUGAGCGAUGUAUUGGAGUGACCAAGCCAAUAUUUCAUUCUACGAAAAUUACAUCCAAACAUGUGAAAAUGAUGUUGAGUGGAGUGUGCUUGUUUGCUGUUUUCAUAGCUUUGCUUCCCAUCCUUGGGCAUCGAAACUAUAAAAUUCAAGCAUCGAGGACCUGGUGUUUCUACAAAACAGAGCACAUCAAAGACUGGGAAGAUAGGUUUUAUCUUCUUCUCUUUUCUUUUCUGGGGCUCUUAGCCCUUGGCGUUUCAUUCUUGUGCAAUGCCGUCACAGGAAUUACACUUUUAAGAGUUAAAUUUAAAAGUCAGCAGCACAGACAAGGCAGGUCUCAUCAUUUUGAAAUGGUCAUCCAGCUCCUGGCUAUAAUGUGUGUCUCCUGCAUUUGCUGGAGUCCAUUUCUGGUGACAAUGGCCAACAUUGGAAUAAAUGGAGAUCAUUCUCUGGAGACCUGUGAAACAACACUUUUCGCUCUCCGAAUGGCAACAUGGAAUCAAAUCUUAGAUCCCUGGGUGUACAUUCUGCUGCGGAAGGCGGUCCUUAAGAACCUCUACAAACUGGCCAGACGCUGCUGUGGAGUGCAUGUCAUCAGCUUGCAUGUGUGGGAGCUUAGCUCCAUUAAAAAUUCCUUAAAGGUUGCUGCUAUUUCUGAGUCCCCAGUUGCAGAGAAAAUAAGUCAGCAAACACCUGGUUUAAUAGGACAGUAAGGCAGUGUAGAUCUAGGGCAACAUUCAGGCGAGUUUUGUCAAUAUUUCAGUUAAUUGGAUAGAGAUAGAAGGCCUAACUAGAAAAUUCAGACCUCAGCAGUUAGUUUGGGGGGUACUUUUGUCAGAUUUGGCUGUUGAAAUUUGUUAAAUUCACUGUACAAUUGCAUCUUUUCACUUGUUUUUGUCAACUGGAGGUAAACAUGAUGCGAUGAUGCCAUGGGAGUCAAAAUGAAAAAAAAAUUUGGCUUAUUUGUGUUAUUCACGCUUUUGGAAUGAGUGACUCUGUUGAAGCCUAAAGCAUUUGCAUGUUCUAUUUGUCAAAGAGCAUCUUACUAUUGACUUGCACAGUGAAAUAGCUGUUUGGGUGUCGUUGCUCUGCAGCUGUUCUUGAUAAACGAGGCUCAUGAAGUGGAGCACGCUCACUGUUGGGUCUGGUCUGUUAUACCCCUCAUUAUGUAGCUUCAAUCAAUGUAUGUAUGGUCAUGUCUCAUGGGACUCAUGGUGGCUUUUUAUAGUGACUUCCAUGACACCAGGUGUGGCUAUCAGGUUGCCUGACCUCGUGAGCCUCCUUAGAAUGAGCCUAUCCUUGUCAUUUUGACAAAUAUGACUGCUUGCAUGUAUUAUUGUGAAGAUAAAUUGUUGCUUGAAGGUUUUUUUGUGUGUCAUAGAUUUACCCAGUUUUCACAUAAUCUCCUUUUCCUCUGAAAGUUUUAGUGCACAGUAAAUAAUUUUUUGAGAAACAGUCUCCAUCUCAGCACAUAUCUGGGUGAUUUGCCUUAUAGCAGUUCCUGUGAAGCUCUGCCGCAGAUAAUGCAAACAAACAGAAUUUAAAACCCCAUGAUAGGUACAAAGCAUAUUGGCAAAGAAGCUCUACUUUGAACUGUCAUUUCUGUAUUAGAGAACAAAAGAAACACAAUCUAUAUAUAAUAUUCAAAGACUAUCUGCAGCUAGCGUGUUUGUGCUUUCUACACACACACACACACACACACAUACACACACACACACACGUACACAGCAUAUCAAAAAUUUCUGUUGAAAGCUAGUUCAUUAAAUCUGUAAGAUGGCAUCUUCUAGAGCCUAUGUUACCUAUGUCAAGGGGAAAAUUGGCAGUUAGUCAGGAACUUGGUGAUCAUUAUUAUGGGUAGCCAAGAGAUCAGGGGAUAAUGAUCUCUCUUCAAAUUUCCCAGUAAUACUUCAAACUUCUUUGCUUCUUUGUAUAAUUCAACCCCCCAAAUUUUAGUGAUCUUUGAAAAUGUCCUGGGGCUAGCAGAACAUAGGGUAGGGAGUUCUGCUUCACAGUAAGGAAAUUUAUUUCUGUAAAAGAUUUAUUGCUUUCAUUACAUGUGGUCCACUUAAAAAAAUUAACCUUCUCUGUGAGCCUGAUUUCACAUUCUCCAGGAAAUCUAUGUGUUUCAGCUAGACUUAAAUUAUUAUAUUCACAAAUUUUUGCUUUUGACUGGUAAUAUACAUUGGAAGUUGUUGUCAACUUUUGUGACUUUUGGUAAAUUCUUAUGAACAAAUGAAAAGAAAUUAAGCAAAUAACCUCAUUGAAGAUUUAAAGGAAACCACUUUUUUCCAGUGAAUUUAAAGAGGGGAAAUACACACACACACAGGGGCACAUGAUAUUCUUAAUUUAAGACCAGUAAAUGAUGAAUCACACAAAGUUAGGUUAUUCUCAUGUAUAGAAUACAUAGUAGUUGCUCAUAAAACACUUGCAAAAUUGAGUUACAGACAAGAGUUUUUUUGAUGCAAAAUGGGCAUGGACUUGCAAAGUUUUUGUGCAUUUUUACUUAAAAUGACAACUACAUAUUGGUUAUUUUGAUAUAUAUGUGUGUGUCUAUGUAUAUUUAAAUAUCCAGUGUAUAUACUUAAAAAAAAAAGCCAUUGCAAUUUCUGAUUGCUGUUACAUUACAGGAAUGUUCUCAUGUGUUUCAAGAGCACUUAAAGCCUAGAGCAUUGAGAUGGCUUAGAGGAGACAUUUAUUUCCCACAGCUCCUUAAGAGAGUGUUGGUGUCCUGGCAGCUGAGGCACAAGGAACCACAGCUUCAUCCUUCCUUCUCAUGCUAGAUAGGAUGCUGUAGCAAACAUUUCCAUGUAUUGUGACCCGGGAGAGGCGUGCAGAGAAACUCUCAUUCAGGCCUCCCGGCCUCUUCUCUUCAAGGCUUCUAAGUAAAUGGCAUCAUGGUUGUUCUAUUGCCAUGAUGUCACCCUGGCCACAUGUAUCUAUAGUGAGGAGAUACUGUGACCUUACUAUAUGUGGGAAUGCAUGGGCAUGUAAGGUGUUAGGGAAUGACAGGGCAGUCAUUCUCUGCAUAUCCUGGAAGGAUUCUCUUUAUUAUCUGAGCACAGGCUUAGGGCAACUAAGUUGGUUUAUAAUGAGGUUAAACCCAAGAAGUAGACACCAAAAAUUGAAAAAAAAAAGGAGUAAAAGAAUAUGCAUUUACAUUGUGUUAGGCCUUUUGUCCAAGGAAAAUGAAAUAAAGUGAACACAAUAUGCAUAUAUCUCACUUCAGAAUUUUAUUUCUGUUAUUAUAUAUAUUUCAGUGUAGUUCAGCAUCUUAUUGUGUGUUGAAUAAUAGACUGUAACAUCCAUCAACCACUUUCAUAGAAAUGUUCAAAGUGAAAAUAUACUUGUUCCGAUUACUAGAAAUAAAUAGUACAAAUAGUGUUCACCAGGUUAACCAAUUUUGAAAUUUUAAGCUCUGUUUUAAAAUUUAUAAUUAAACUGUCAGAGCAACUGAAUUGCCCUUCUCAUUGGGUAAAGUAGUAUCAACACCACUUCACUUACUAUUUGAUCAUAUUACUUCUGGGAGAAUUUAUUAUUCUGGGCACAUGACUUGCAAAUGCCAGGCUUUUCCUUUUGUUAGUGAAUUUAAAAACUGAGACAAAAAAAAGCCAACAGCAUAUGGGUUUUUAUGAUUAUGAAUACAAAGACAGAUAAUGUUGACUCAUAAUUAGUUGUAGGUGCAUCCCAGUGUAUCACACUUUUUACUGAGGCUUUAACUAAGUGACAAAUAUUCUACAUUUUUUUCUAAAGGCUGAAAGUUCCUUUUAAUUAUUUGUAUUGCUGAAGUGCAAAAUACCUAAAAGUUAACUCAUACACACCACACACGCACGCACACAGAUGUAUCUGUCUUACGCAAUAAAUGGUCUUGUUUGCUCAUUUUCAGUCUUUAAAAGAAAGACCCACUUUAGCUUUGUGUCUAAUCUGAAUUUAGAUCCCAGAUAAGAGCACUUGCUAAACACAUAGAUGAACUUUGUGUGAAACUUGCCGCCAGCUUCGCCUGUAUCACAUCAUUGCUCCAAAUUAAUAAACGAAGGUCAGAAUAUGAAAGAUGGGAAUGUCCAUUUUCUUACUUCUUCAUCUGGGUGUCAAAUAUUUCACCACAUGGCAAAUAAUGUUGGACUUCAACUUGUUACUGAGGUAUUUUAACAGUAGAUACAAUGUGUUAUGUGAAUAAAUAUAUUUUGUGUUCUUCAUACUUGCUGGACUGUAUGAGAUUAAACAGUGAUAUGUAUAUUUUGUGACUUGUAUCAGUGUACGACUCAUGUAAUUUUAGUGUUUUGACUAGUUUAAAACUUCAAACAAAUGAUUUACAAUAAACUUG